UCGCUGAACGUUCAGUGUUUGUUUACGGCGGGCCUGGUACGUGUUUAUGUGUGUGCGUGCGUGUGAGAGUGUGCGACCGCUUAUAUCAUUUAGGAGGACUCAGCAGGACAUGAUUGUGCUACCUACAGACUAAGGGACAGUACAAAGCAGACAUAUGUAAACAGGAGAUAUCUAUAGCAGAAGAGGACCCUGGUGAGCGACACAAAGUUUUGCCUAGAAGCCCCGGCUUGUUGGUGGAGGUGAUGGACACUAUCUUGGAGCAGCAGCGGCGCUACCAUGAGGAGCGGGAGCGACUCAUGGCAGCAAUGGUCAAAGAGUGUCUGCACAAGAAAAACUCACAUCGUGAAGUGAUCAACUCUGACCAUCGUCAUCGCCUUCUGCUGGACCGCUAUGUGGAGAGCUCUCAACACCUUGCUGACCUGUAUGAGGACAAGGAUGGUUUGCGGAAGGAGGAAGUGGCAGCCCUGUCUGGCCCCAAUGAGCUGGCUGAGUUUUACAAUCGCCUCAAGCAGAUAAAAGAAUUUCACAAAAAACAUCCAAAUGAGAUCAGUGUACCAAUGAGUGUGGAGUUUGAAGAGAUCAAUAAACAGCGUGAAGCCAAUGAUGAAAACCUUGUCAUGGUUGAUUUCACUGAUGAAGAAGGUUAUGGGAAAUACCUUGACCUUCAUGAGUGUUACAACAAGUAUCUCAAUAUCAAAGGCCUGGAGAAAAUUGACUACAUCACUUACCUCACCACAUUUGAUCGGCUCUUUGAGAUCCCCAAGGAGAAAAAGACCACUCAGUACCGGGAAUACCUUUAUGUUCUCCUUGACUACCUGUAUGCCUACGUAGAGCGUGUGAAGCCUCUCCUGGACCUCAACCAAGAACUAGAAGCUGUCAGCAAGGACUUCAAUGAGCAAUGGGAGGCUGGAAGAUUUCCAGGCUGGCCAAAGGAAACAGGUGGAGCUCUGGCAGCCAUGGGAGCUCAUCUGGAUCUCUCAGCCUUCUCGUCAUCGGAGGAGCUUAUGUCCUUGGGACUGGAUCGUUUGAAGUCAGCCCUCAUGGCUCUGGGGCUCAAAUGUGGUGGUACUCUGGAGGAGCGUGCCCAGAGGCUGUUCAGCACAAAGGGUAUGUCAGUGGAGGAGCUUGAUCCAUCUCUGUUUGCCAAGUCUAAACCAGGUAAAGUGACCAAGGGGCGGGAGACAGAGAAGAUCAAGGAGCUGGCCAACCUGGAAGCUCAGGUCUAUCGCUUGACUGAAAUCCUGAGUGAGCAGCGAGCUGCUACAAAAGAGAAUGUACAACGAAAGCAGGCAAGGAGAGAUGGAGAGGAGGAAGAAGAGGAAGAAGCAUCAGCCUCUGAGUCUGAGGAGGAGCCUGAUGAUGAGGUGCCUUACAACCCCAAGAACCUUCCACUUGGGUGGGAUGGAAAGCCCAUCCCAUAUUGGCUGUACAAGCUGCAUGGCCUCAAUAUCAGCUACAACUGUGAGAUUUGUGGCAACUUCACUUACAAGGGCCCCAAGGCAUUCCAGAGGCACUUUGCUGAGUGGCGCCAUGCUCAUGGCAUGAGGUGCCUUGGCAUUCCCAAUACUGCUCACUUUGCUAAUGUGACACAAAUUGAAGAUGCCCUUAAGCUGUGGGAGAAGCUAAAGGUGCAGAAGACCUCUGAGCGUUGGCAGUCUGAGCAAGAGGAGGAGUAUGAAGACUCUCAGGGCAAUGUGGUCAACAGAAAAACCUUUGAUGACCUCAAAAGGCAAGGCCUUUUGUAGUGGAUCUUUUGAAAUUGUGGGAGAUGGCAAACUGUGUGGAAAGUGUGUCUCUGUACUAUGUUUUUAAUGAUAACUCAUUAUGCAGCAGGUAUAAAGAUGUAGAGUACAAUUAUGAAAGUAUCAAGAGA